AUGCAAAAAAUAAAGGAUAUCAAUGAAGCUGCCUGGAAAGACAUGAUAGAACUUCCACCGUCCAUGUGGACUAGGUCUUUAUACCGUACUGAUAGUCACUGUGAUUUGCAAGUUAAUAAUAUGUGUGAGGCAUUCAAUAUGGCCAUAUUGGAAUAUAGAGACAAGCCCAUUAUUACCUUGCUGGAAGGUUUAAAGCAUUACAUCACAGUUUGGAUAGUGAAGCAAGAGAAUCUGAUGAGUCGAUUUAGAAGCAAUAUUUGUCCUAAGGUUGAACAAGUUGUAGAAAAGUUGAAGCGGGCAGCUGGAGGUUGGAUCCCUACUUGGCAUGAAGACGAUGAAUUCAGCAUAUUCAGUGUGACAAAUGGUAUUGACACUUACGAGAGAGAAACAAAUCCAAUGAUGAACCCACUUAGAGCAAUGUGUUACCUAGAAAUUUGA